GUGCCCUUCCCCGCGUGCGCGAGCCGGCGGUUGCCUCUUGUGUCCUCUGUCCUCCAGCCGUGCCGUACGUAAAUUUUCGCCUCGGUCCACGUCCUACCUUGUUUGGCCUAACUUGCCCAAGGUCCGGUGCGCGGGAGCCGGAGAGCUCGGUUUUGGGGUCAGUGGUCAAAAAGCGGCCGCUUGGGCUGUGCCCGCUGCUCCCUGCCAGUACCUUGCGCGCUGGGCCUCUAGCCGCCGCAGCGCUUCCUCACAGUCGCGGCUGGUCCUCAACUCACUGAAUCAGAAACCCUGUGAGGGUCCUGCAGUUGGGGUGAAUCUGCUGCAGGAGAGAGUUGGAGAACCAUCUUCGUAUUUAAUGGGCCUCCGAAAGCAUCCUCUAUUCUCUUUGCAAAAAGGAAACCCAUCCCUGCCAUUCUAGUCACUGGGUCCAGUGGCUCAAACCUUAUCUCUACGCUGGCCUGUGGAUUUCGGCAUGUUCGCUCUGACUUCCCAAUACUCUGCCUUUCUUCAUGAAGAGAACAUGGAAGAAGAAAGAACUGCUGAGUUACAGAAAAACAUGACACAGGACCCAGUGAUCUUUGAGGAUGUGGCUGUAGAUUUUACCCAGGAAGAGUGGGCCUUACUGGAUCUUGCUCAGAGGAACCUCUACAGAGAUGUGAUGCUGGAAAACUUCCAGAACCUGGCCUCACUAGGGUAUCCACUGCACACACCCUAUUUAAUCUCCCGGUGGAAAGAAGAGGAAGACCUAAAGACGGUGGAGAGAGGACCUACCCAGGGAGAUCAUCAGGAAGGUUUUGAGACUCAAGUUAAAACUGAUGAAUCAGUUGCUCCACAAGAUAUUCAUGGAGAAAAGCUAUCUGAUGAACAGAACAUAGUAAAAUUCAAAAGGAGUGAUUCCUGCUCAUCUACUUUACACAAAAACUGGGAAAACCAUGAGAGACGUUUGAGAAGUCGUGUGGUGGAGAACAUCUAUGAGUAUAAAGAAGAAACCCAGUGUGGACAAACCUUGGGCCAAAUUACAAAUCUUAAUAUACUCAAGAGAACAACUGAAGUAAAAUUCUAUGAAUGCCAUGAGUGUAAAAAGACUUUCACAGAUCAUUUAUCCCUUAAGAAUCACAUUAGGUCUCACACUGGAAACAAACCCUACCAAUGCAAGGAAUGUGGGAAAGCUUUCCACUUUUUUGCUUGUUUUAAGAAACAUAUGAAAACUCCCAUUGAAGAGAAACCCUAUGAAUGUAAGGAAUGUACCAAAGCCUUCAGUUGUUCUUCAUUCUUUAGGGCGCAUAUGAAGAUUCAUGCAGGAAAGACAAACUUCGAAUGUAAGGAAUGUGGGAAAACCUUUAGCUGUUCUUCAUCCCUCACUGAACACAAAAGAAUUCACAGUGGAGAUAAGCCUUAUGAAUGUAAGGAAUGUGGGAAGGCCUUUAGUUGUUCCUCCUCACUCUCCAAACACAAAAGAAUUCACAGUGGAGAUAAGCCAUAUGAAUGUAAAGAGUGUGGGAAGGCCUUUAGUUCUUCGUCUCACCUUAUAAUACAUAUAAGAAUUCACACUGGAGAGAAGCCUUAUGAGUGUAAAGAGUGUGGGAAGGCCUUCAGUGAGUCCUCAAAACUCACUGUACAUGUCAGAACCCACACAGGAGAGAAACCCUAUAAAUGUAAGGAGUGUGGGAAAGCCUACAAUUGUCCCUCCUCCUUAAGUAUCCAUAUGAGAAAACAUACUGGAGAGAAACCCUAUGAAUGUCUGGAAUGUGGAAAAGCCUUCUAUCUUCCCACAUCCCUUAACACACAUGUGAAAAAUCAAAGUAGAGAGAAACCGCAUGAAUGUAAGGAAUGUGGAAAAGCCUUUAGUUGUCCCUCAUCCUUUAGAGCACAUGUGAGAGAUCACACUGGAAAGGUGCAAUAUGAAUGUAAGGAAUGUGGGAAGGCCUUCAGCCGUUCCUCCUCCCUCACGGAACACUUAAGAACUCACAGCGGAGAGAAGCCUUAUGAAUGUAAGGAAUGUGGGAAAGCCUUCAUUAGUUCCUCCCACCUUACAGUACAUGUAAGAACUCACACUGGUGAGAAACCUUAUGAAUGUAAGAAAUGUGGGAAAGCCUUUAUUUACCCCUCAGCACUUAGGAUCCACAUGAGAACGCACACUGGGGAGAAACCCUAUGAAUGUAAGGAAUGCGGGAAAGCCUUUCGCCAUUCUUCAUACCUUACUGUCCAUGCAAGGAUGCACACUGGAGAGAAACCCUUUGAGUGUCUGGAAUGUGGGAAAACCUUCAGUUGUCCUUCAUCCUUCCGAAGACAUGUAAGAAGCCACACUGGUGAGAAACCCUAUGAAUGUAAGGAAUGUGGGAAAGCCUUUGUUUGUCCUGCUUACUUUCGAAGGCAUGUGAAAACCCACACCAGAGAAAACAUAUAAAGUAAAGAAUGAGAGAAUGUCUGUAAGGCUUUUUCAAAUCUCCAGCAACAUGUGAGAUGUCACUGUGGAGACACCUUAUGAAUGUAAGAAAUUGUCACUCAUCUUUUUUGAAGACUUUUGAGAACUAAAACCUGAGAGAAAACCUGUAUACGAAAAUCAUGUGGUGAUGCCUUCAUACGCAUCACUUAUUGUCAAUAAAAAAAUUCAUACUGGAAGCAAAGAU